AUGGCUGCUUCUCAGGGACAGUUGACCUUCAAUGAUGUGGCCAUAGAAUUCUCUCAGGAGGAGUGGGCGUUCCUGGAUCCAGCUCAGCGGAAAUUGUACAUGGAUGUGAUGAUUCAGAACUACAGUAACCUGGUAUUCCUGGGCCUUUCUGUGUCUAAGCCAGACCUCAAUUUUUUGAAACAAAUGGAGGAGGAAUCUUGGGAGUUGAAGGAAGAAAAGACUGUAUCCAUCCAGCCAGGCCUUUCUAUCUUCAAUGAUUACCAGAGUACACAUAACGAAGAGAGAAGUCUCCAGUGCAAUGAAUCCUUGGAAAACAUUAAACAAGAGUCAAAUUCUGAUAACCAUCAGACAACUCAGCUUCCACAGAUAAAUGAGAAGUGUCCGAAUGUCUUUGAUAAAAGCUCAAAUAUUGUCAGACCUCAGAAUAUUCAUAGUGUAGAGAAGGCAGACAAAUGUAGUGAAUAUGCCAACUCUUUUGACCAGUCAUUAAAUCUUACUGAACUUAAAAAUACUGAUACUGGGGAGGCACCUUUCAGGUGUAAUCAGUGUGUGAGAGUCCUUAGUCAAUUAUCAAAUGUAUAUAUACAUAAAAAAAUCCGUGCUAGAGAGAAGCCUUACAAAUGUAAAGAAUGUGAUAAGGUUUUUAAGUUGCAUUCCCAUGUUAUUGAACAGCAGACACUUCAUACUGGAGAGAAGGUUUAUAAAUGUAGAGACUGUGGCAAAACCUUCAAUAAGUGCUUAGAACUUAAUGAAUAUCAGAGGCUUCAUCCUGGAGAGAAGCCUUAUAAAUGCAGAGAAUGUGGCAAAGCCUACAAGUGGUAUUCGAGUCUUACCAGCCAUCAGAGAACUCAUUCUGGAGAGAAGCCUUAUAAGUGCAGAGUAUGUGGCAGAACCUUUAAUGUGUUUUCGAGCCUGAUUCGACAUCAGAGCAUUCAUACCGGAGAGAAGCCUUAUAAAUGUAGAGAAUGUGGGAAAGCCUUCAACUGGUACUCAAGCCUGACUCGACAUCAGAAAAUUCAUACCGGAGAGAAGCCUUAUGAAUGUAGAGAAUGUGGGAAAGCCUUUAACCGGUGUUCAGACCUUACUACUCAUCAGAGACUUCAUACCGGAGAGAAGCCUUAUAAAUGUGGAGAAUGUGACAAAGCCUUUAUCCGGAGCUCAAGCCUUACCCUUCAUCAGAGAAUUCAUACUGGAGAGAAGCCUUAUAAAUGUAGAGAAUGUGGCAAAGCCUUUACCCGGUGCUCAAAACUUACUGAACAUCAGAGAAUUCAUUCUGUAG